AGUUAAUGCGCUUCGAAAUUUAAGAAAGACAAAAAAAAGAGAAGAAAAUGUGGGUGUUUACUUUUGCAAAAGUGUUGAUCCUGCAAUCAUUAUUAGUUAACGCUUACAAUGCUGACCUCAGAUGCCCAGACAACACACAAGUUGACGUGACGUUUUUUAUCGACUACGUCAACUGUGCUGGUACCGUGAACUGGAACAAGGCGCUCCAGUUUGUGGUUGACGUCAUCAAACAGUACAAGAUCGGACCCAAUGACGCCAGAUUUGCUGCUGUCGGUUACGUUAAGGGCGCUGUCACGUUGUAUGACAUCAGGAGUUUGACCGAUUAUGCUGCUUUUGAAAAGGCUUUGAAAGGACCAGGAAGCCAAAAUGGCCCAGCCCUGACUGAUCAAGUCUACAACACCAUUUUGGGAUGGAACAUGUUCUCUAACAAGGAGACAGCAAGAAAAUCUGCUCAAAGCGUCGCCGUUUAUAUCGCUGAUGGUUCCUCGGCUUAUUUCAACAAGUCGACCAACCCGUUGAAGAGCCUUAACGUAAAGAUUGUCACCAUUGGUAUUGGCAGUAGCGUAUCUGUGCCAGGCCUCAAAGCUCAGUCCUCGUCCCCUGAUGACGCUCUACUGACCGCAAGUUUUGACACCUUGUCUGACCUGAAAAACAAAAUUAUACAAAGGACCUGUGGGGCAAGUUGUGUUGCCUACCCAGGGGUCACCCUUCAAACUUACACCAACUUAACUAACCAGGACUGCUUUAAAAAAUGUUUAGCGAGUCGCCAAUGUUUUUCGUAUCUCUACAAACUUGGCACGAAAUGUGAUCUAAUGUUGAUGUCUGGAGCUGCAGUUGACACAGCUAAUAAUGAAGUGGAGGUGAAUCCGUAUAUCAGCUGUAUCUCAAACGCAGGUGACUGUUUGGUGUAUUCGUUUCUUCGUCCAUCAGUGGCGACUUUUGGUAGUCACAAGGAUUGUUUCAACUCUUGCGUAUCAAAUCCUAAAUGUCUAGGAUAUUCCUAUUCCAAGCAAUCCAAAUAUUGUGGUCUUACCACCUUAAAUGGAACAGUGAUUGACACAAAAUCUGACAAAUCAACAUCAGGUUAUUUUCGCUGUUAAAUGCCUUGA